GCGAAUUGGCACGUUUACUGUACACCCUUUACCUGAAUCUGAAUCUUCGACGACAUCUCGUAUCGCGCACAGAGCCGAGCUUCUGUACUUGCUGAUGUCUGAGAUCGCUAUGCUAAGCUCAACACUAAUAGCAGUCUGCGAUACAGGAGAGGAUAUCACAACGCAAAGUACAAGAUCUGGGAGACUACGCACUCUACGAAUAAAAGUUUCCAAUAGUCCUCGACCAGACCACGUUACCACAACCUAUCCCAGCUCGGAAGAAGAUCAUCGCGGUCUGACUGCCAAUUCUGAUCAUUGCAAACCACGUUUUAGGCUAGCACAAUCUACUCGAAUUCUUCAACUACAUCAGUAUCACAGUUCUAACAUAAGUUCGGCUCAUUUCCAUUACCCUUACACAUCCAUCAGCAGAGUCCGAACUGUCAGACAGAGCAUUUUGUCGCAGACGGCUUAUUGGUUAGUGGUACAUAAUCACAUUCAAAAGGCAGAGCAUCGUAGAUCAGCAUGUGCCGAAUCGGAACUCCGAGAUUGCCUGUGCCGCAAAACGUGCACCUGUUGUCGAGCAAGUCUCGUGGACGAUUCGAUGCGGCAGUCUCGGAGUUCCACUUCGCCGCACUGCAAUGUCCAUAUAGCAGUCAGAACCAGCGUGGAGCAAGUCGUUGGCUACUCUCUUUAUGGAAAAGGUUACUUGCGGAUGCAGCUGAAUGCGUCCUUACUUGAUAAUAUCAUAGGUGGCAAUGGGAGUGGAUUGUCUGCGUAGGGACCAGUUGACAUAGCAAAUAGAAAACCAGGUAUUGAGAGCAAGCCCAGGUCAGUGCGCGAGGGACAUGGAACAAGGCGGACGGUCCGUGAAUGG